AUGUUGUCGUCACGCGUUUGGAUAUCACAGUCACGUCUUGGGUUCUUUUUGCCUCAAGCUGUUUUCGCUACGCAUACGACGACUUGUCCAUCUAAAAAAGAAACUGCUCCCAAAAGAUGUCCCUCAUCUGGAGGUAGUGGCUCAAAGGGACAAGGUCUUACUAGAGCUAUUCAAUCUGGUAAAGUAAGAUUAGCUUUCAUUCCAGAAGAGUGGUUUCAGUUUUUCCAUUCGAAAACUGGUGUCACUGGGCCAUAUAUAUUUGGAAUAGUUAUGGCUAAUUAUUUAUUAAGUAAAGAAAUUUACAUUAUGGAACAUGAAUACUAUCUCGGUUUAUCAAUUUUCGUCGUUCUUACUUGCGCUGUUAAGUUUUUGGGACCGGCUAUGGCAGCUGAUCUGGAUAAAGAAGUCGAUGCCGUUCAAGCGGAAUUCGAUAAAACUAGAAAAGAUGAAACUGAUCUUUAUGAGAAUACAAUAAAAUCUGCUAAAGAUGCUCAGUGGAGAGCUGAAGGUCAAAAGUUGUUGAUGGACGCUAAGAAAGAAAACAUUGCUAUGCAACUAGAAGCUAUUUACAGAGAGAGAUCAAUGCUUGUAUAUAAAACUGUCAAAGGACGUAUGGAUUAUCACGUCAAAAGAUAUCGGGCAGAAGCUCGUAUACAUCAAAAGUGGAUGAUAGACUGGAUUUUGGGAAACGUAAGAAAAUCUAUUACUCCCGAAUUUGAAAAGCAGGCACUGAAUGCCGCUAUUCAAGAAUUAGCCACUGUUGCUAAUCGUACGAAUUAA